CGCUGUCGUUUCACCUAACAUACCCCGUCGUGUGUGGAUACGUGAGUUGACAGGUGACGGGAUUUAUCAAAAGUGUGACCGGAGGCGAAACGUUUGGACAAACUGUCCCGUUUAACGCCAAGUCAGUGGACAGGAUGUUGAGGCUUCGCUGUAAGACCAAAAACGGGAGCCACAUAAUGCAGGGCUUGACUCAUCAGUCCUGUGUACAAGAGCUGAAGAGUAAGGUGGAGGAGCUGACUGGCAUCCCCUGUGACGUGCAGAAAAUUAUGGUUGGUUAUCCGCCCUCCAGCCUUGACCUUCGAAAUGGAGACGCUCACCUCAAGGAUUACCCCAUCAAAUCAGGAGACACACUCAUUGUUGAGGAGGAAAAAAACAAGCCAAAGCCUCAGGAUCAUCCCACUGUGACUAAAGUACCACGCCUGGAAGCCUCACCUGUGCUGGCACGCCGUGUUGUCCCAGCUGAUAACUCCUGCCUCUUCACCAGUGUGUAUUAUGUGGUGGAAGGUGGUGUAUAUGACCCCGCUUGCGCCCCAGAGAUGCGAGGCCUCAUUGCCCAGAUUGUGUCAAGUGACCCUGCGGCUUACUCGGAAGCGGUGCUGGGAAAGACCAACGAGGAGUACUGCACUUGGAUACGACGUGACGACACCUGGGGAGGCGCCAUCGAGGUGUCUAUCCUGUCUAAGUUUUACCAGUGCGAGAUCUGCGUGGUAGACACUCAGACGGUCCGAGUGGAUCGCUUUGGGGAGGACGCCGGCUACCACAAACGCGUGCUGCUCAUUUACGACGGCAUCCAUUAUGACCCGCUGCAGAAAGAAACUCCUGGCUCUGACGUCCCGCCCCUGACUAUCUUCUCCACUACAGAUGAUGUAAUCCUGGCCCAGGCCCUCGAGCUGGCAGACGAGGCUCGUCGCAAGCGGCAGUUCACGGACGUUAACCGCUUUGCGUUGCGCUGCAUGGUGUGCCAGACGGGCUUAGUGGGACAAAAGGAAGCUCGUGAGCAUGCCAAGGAGACAGGCCACACCAAUUUUGGCGAAGUGUGAGCGUUACGUUGUCGUUUUUUUUCUUUCUCUCUCGUCUCUCACAAAUACAACCACCAUACCAACCCCGUGCCCCACGUCUGGCAACUGUUGGUCCAUCUGUCAAUCUGCUUGUGUGAUCCUCUACCUCACAUUGUCCAGCGACAUCUAUGGAGAAUCUGCAGACACUGUUCAGCCUCUAACCAGUUCAGUAUUACUCUUUAAAACUGCUGUCAGUUCUCAAAGUCAGAAACGCUACUGCAGUGCUCCGAUGUCAUUAAACCAUCAUUUUAGUCUGUUAAGGAUGGUUCAAAUCUGUUUAACAGGGUCAAGGAAAAUAUGCAGACAGUUCUUAGGACUUGUUUUAAUCUGUUUAGAGUACUCGAUGGCUGGGUUGUACUGAUGACACACCAAAUAGUGGCUGAUGUGUUGUCAGUUAGAAAAUGCACAAAAUUUGUCAACGCUUGCCUGUGACUAAACUUGUAUGGGAUUGAAACAAAAUCAGCGACCUGACUCUGGAAAAAUGUUAAAACAACCUCUAAGAAUGGUUUGCACUCUGAUGUGACCCUAUUCACUGUUGUCUUAAGCGCAGCACACACAGUUUGACUGUUAAUCAUCAUGUUGGUUAUGUAGCAUGUUUGUUUUAUUUUAUGUCUCUUGUUGACGGAGGUCAGAAACUCUUCCAGUACUAAAAGCUGAUCAUUUUGUUCUUUUAUUUUUUAGAUCUAAAUUGUUCAGCACAGUCGGGUUGCGUUAAUGUUAAGCUGGAUUCAUUGUUACGCAAAUGUGCUGUUUUUGUGCCGUUUAUUUGAGCAGUGGCUGAUGAGAUUUUGGGGAGUGAGUUGAGAUUGAGGUUAUGCAUUUUGAAAUAUCAUGUUGCAAAUUGUGAUCCAAAAUUAGCUUAAUGAUGUAUGUGAGAUUUUUUCCUUCUUUUUUUUUUUUUUUUGAUGUCGUAACACGGUUUCUGUGAGCUUAUUUUAACGUAGACAAAAAAAUGGUGCUGAAAACAACAUUUUACAAAAUCUGUAGCUCUUUUGUUUUUCUUCAUGGGUACGACAGUUUUUCUGGAGUUGUUAUUUUUUUUUUUUUUUUUUUUUUUUAUUCUAGUGUGUAAUUUUCAAAUGUCAUCAUGCUGUAAGAACUAAUAUUUUUUUAAAAUAACAUUUUUGUUUGAUAUUACUCUAUAUUUUGAGAAACACGUAAAGCCUGGUGAGAUGUUGGAGCACUACAGAACACAAAUCAUGGUGAGAAGAUGGCAUAUUGAAACCUGAGUGUAAUGCUGUAUGAGAUCGCUUACUUAAUGCAUUUAAUGUUCAGGUACAGUCCAUACAUUAUGUGCUUUGCUAAUCAGUAUUAACUAUUUAUAUUUGCAGUUUUUUCGGCUCACAUUUGCAGCCCAAAGGUAACUCUAGUCAGGGUGUUUUGAAAAAUUAGCAAAGAUCCACUUUGGUUUAAUAUUUAAUGCAUGUUUAAUGCCCCCGCCCCUAAAAACACUAUUCUGUUUGACUGUAUGUUUCGCACAAGUGGAGCAUGUUCUCAUGUUUUCAGCUAAAGUCAGGCAUCUUCUCUUUGCUACUCACCUCCUCUAAGGAUGAAGCAUGCACUUAUGUUAAACCACAGCUCAAAGAUAUUAAAUCGGGGGAGGGCAUGAGGAUAUUUGUGGGAUUAUUCCUCGUAGCCCCGUUUUAUUGUGGCCUCAUGGUGCAGAACCAGUAUUUCUACUUCACGUUUCUGUGAUGGCGAUAUUGGCGAUGAGUUGUUGCCAAAAAAUUAGAGGGUGGGGGACUUGAUCUGGGCUUUCUGGUGUUGGGAAUAAAAGCAAAGCAGGAAAUGUCACAUUGUUUCUUUGUUUUGAAUGUGAAUUAUUAUUAUUAUUUGUAUUUCUCAUCUGUUAUCUUUAGGUAGUUCAUUUUAACAGUGAAUAUGGAUUAAUCGGCUUGCAUAAAAGUGAAACUAUGAAAUAGCUUUGUUGUAUUUUGUAUUUACCAAGUUCUCAUGACUCUUCAAGGACAAUAACAAUGAAUGUUGCACACAAAGCACUACAGAAUAUCUGGAUUUACUUGAUUUUUUUCAGUGUUGUGUCACAAUUAAAAGUUAUAGCCUACA